CGGGCCGAGACGUCGUCGGAGCUGGGGUGUCCGCCGCGCUCUCCCUCCGCUGCCGUUGCGAGUGGUGAGACUCCUGACGGGAGGCAGACGCGCUGGGCCUGAGCAGGGGCGACUGGAGGCCUGAGGAGCCGCAGGAGGCGGCGGCUGGCCGGGACACAGACGACGCGAGUGGCGAGCUGUCUUCGCCCUGGCAUUAUGGAUCCAAGUUUACUGAGAGAACGGGAACUGUUUAAGAAACGAGCUCUUUCUACUCCUGUGGUAGAAAAACGUACAUUACCUUCGGAUUCUUCAUCAUCAAAGAAGAAGAAAGCAAAGGUAGAACAUGGAGGGUCAUCAGGAUCAAAACAAAGUUCUGAUCAUAGCAAUGGAUCAUUUAACUUGAAAGCUCUAUCUGGAAGCUCUGGAUAUAAGUUUGGUGUACUUGCUAAGAUUGUGAAUUACAUGAAAACUCGGCACCAGCGAGGAGAUACACACCCUCUGACAUUAGAAGAGAUUUUGGAUGAAACCCAGCAUUUAGACAUUGGACUCAAGCAGAAACAAUGGCUAAUGACUGAGGCUUUAGUAAACAACCCCAAAAUUGAAGUAAUAGAUGGAAAAUACGCCUUCAAGCCCAAGCACAACUUAAAAGAUAAGAAGGCCCUCCUUCGCCUCUUGGAUCAGCAUGAUCAGCGAGGGUUAGGGGGAAUUCUUUUAGAGGACAUAGAAGAAGGACUUCCUAAUUCCCAGAAAGCUGUCAAGGCUUUAGGAGACCAGAUACUAAUGGUUAAUCGUCCUGACAAGAAAAAAAUACUUUUCUUCAAUGAUAAGAGCUGUCAGUUUUCUGUGGAUGAAGAAUUCCAGAAACUGUGGAGGAGUGUCACUGUGGACUCAAUGGAUGAGGAGAAAAUUGAAGAAUAUCUGAAGCGACAGGGUAUUUCCUCAAUGCAGGAGUCUGGACCAAAGAAAGUGGCCCCGAUUCAGAGAAGGAAAAAACCUGCUUCACAGAAAAAGCGGCGUUUUAAGACUCACAAUGAACACUUGGCUGGAGUGCUGAAGGAUUAUUCGGACAUUACCCCCAGCAAAUAGGGGACACUUGGUCAUUGAACAAAGAAUUACAGACACAAUCACAGUCUCCUUUGUUGAUGCUUGGGAUCUGAAGACAGAGUCUUCCCAGAUGCUUCUCAGGGUUGGAGAGGAGCAAUCGUUUACAGAGCCAGUGUGGGUCACCAACCCCAAAGCUUAUUUUAACUGAGUAGGCCAGGAACAAUGUGAUAGCCAGUGACCUUCUGUUACUUCUUGGGAGAAAGGCACUUAGCAUAGCAGGCAGGUGCCUGCUAUUUAUUUCUUUCUAAGUGGUUUCUGGUUCCAUUUUCCUCUUUAUUACUUAAUUUAGAGCAAGUUGGCAAAUAGUCUUGAAUGUCACAUUUGUUUAUUCCAAAAGCGUGUAUUUAUAAUAAAAAUCAUUGUAGAAAAAUUCUUAAGCAUUGGUGGAUUCUUUUCAUUUUUAGAAGUGGUGACAGGCGAAUUCAAUCCUUGACGUCCCAGGCUGAGGGUUUGGGAUGUUACAAAGAUUGGAGUCUGCACAUUACCGCCCAGCAUGUGGAUUUCCUGAUUGGAAUACAAGAUGUGCCUCUUGCUAUCAAGUUAAGCAAUAAAUGUACACUAAAUAGA